AAAUAAAAAAAAUACAUUUUAUAAAUUAAUUUUAUAUUUAAAAUGUCUAUUAAAAAAAUUAUUAUUGAUUGUGAUUGUGGUACUGAUGAUGCUGUUGCAUUGGUCUUGCUUAUAUCAGCUCAUAAACUUAAAAAAAUUGAAAUUAAAGCAAUAACUUGUGUUGCUGGUAAUGCACCAGUUGAUUGUGUUGUUAAAAAUGUCUUCAGGACUCUUCAAGUUUGUGAUUCUCUUGAUAUACCAGUUUACAAGGGAGCUCAUUCUUCAUUGAUUUCAAUUGAAAGAACAGUAAAAGCAGCUGAUCUUUCGUAUCAUGGUAGUGAUGGUUUUGGAGAUUAUUAUAAAGACAAUGUUGACAUCAGUAAAUUGCAAGAUGAACAUGCUGUUGUUGCUAUAAAAAAUAUUAUUAAUAAAUAUCCAAAUGAAAUUUCGGUUCUUUGUCUUGCUCCACUUACAAAUAUUGCACUUGUUAUCAAGAUGUUUCCAGAAAUACUUGAUAAUGUUAAAGAUUUUUAUGCUAUGGGAGGAAACUCAACAGCAAAAGGAAACACUACAUCACAAGCUGAAUUUAAUUUUUACAUUGAUCCAGAAAGUGUUCAUAUUGUUUUGGAAAGUAACAAAAAACCAUUUUGGCUGCUUCCCUGGGAAACUUGUAUUAAAUCUACUCUAACACAUGACUGGCGUUAUAAUGUAUUAGGAAAAUUAAAUACAAAAACAAUUGAAUUAAUUAACAAUGCAGAAAAAUCAAUUGUUUUAAAAGCAGAAAAAAAUAAAAAGUAUCAACCUUGUGAUGCAAUAAUAGCAGGAAUAAUUCUUGAUUCAAAGCUAAUUGAAGAAGUACAUGAUUAUCAUGCUGAUAUUGAAUUAGCUGGAAGUAAAACAAGAGGCCAAGUUGUUUUGGAUCAUCUUCAAACAAAUAAAUCAAAUAUUUGGCUUAUUGAAAAUAUUAAUUUUGAUAGAUUUAAAGAAUUAUUAUUAUCUGCAUUUGAUGAAACCUACGAGCCAAAUAUUCUCAAGACUCUAUAA